AAACCUCAUGCGCGCGCAUGAGCCAGUGAUUCCGAGGUAAAAUGGCGUCGGGUGCCAUUUCAACUGGCUUUAAGAAGAUUUCUGAAUUAAGGGUAGUUGAUUUAAAGUCUGAGCUCAAGCGGAGGAACUUGGACACUAUUGGUGUUAAAAGCAUUCUACUUGCAAGACUGAAAAAGGCAAUAGAAGAUGAAGGUGGGGAUCCAGAAAACAUUCAAAUCCAGCUCUCAACUGACUCUACAACUAGAAAAAGUGGCAAAUUCAAAGGGAAAAAAACGGAUUCUGAUGUGGAAACCACUACAGAAGAAGAUAGUUAUGUCAAGGAAAAUGAGGAGUGUGAAUCUGAGAAAGAUGUAACUGAUACAGAUGAUGGUACUCGUGAAAAUUCUAAGCCUCCGCCCUGUGGGGAAAGCCUUGCUUGCUCCGAAGCUGAGCCCGAGACAGAAGCCAUAGCGCCUGAAGAUGAUUCAGAACCUGAGCCAGAGGCCGAGGUCGAACCAGGAGACGAGGACGCAGAAGCAGAAGCUGAAGCAGAGAGCGAAGUGCCCGAGCUGGAUGCUGAAGCAAUGAGUUCCUCUAAAGAUGCGGAGGACGAUCACCUAUUUGUUUCAAUGCAAAACGAAGAUGCCAUCACCCUUGAUGUUGAUGGAGACGAUCUCCUGGAUACAGGUAAACAUGUGAAACUUCUAGAUCCAGAGGCAGAGAAGAGCAUUGAUGAGCCAGAGGCCUCUGCCGACACGUACCCUGAUGAUGACAUGAAAGACAAAGAGCUGGAGGGCCCUGAAGAUGGUAAGGAUGAGGACGAAUCUGGAGACAAGACCACGAAGAAAGCUGAAACCGGAGAUAAAGAUAAGGAUUCUGGAAACAAAGGCCCCUCCACUUCUGGGGCAUCAGGUCAAGAAAAGAGUUCUUCAAGAGAUCGAGAUGGAAAAGCUGCCAAGGAUGAAAAGGCAGCUGGAAGCAACAGCAGCUCUUCUCAGAACCUGUGGGUGAGCGGCCUUUCUUCAAACACCAAAGCAGCUGAUCUAAAGAAUCUGUUCGGCAAGUAUGGGAAGGUUUUAAGUGCCAAGGUGGUCACAAAUGCCCGCAGUCCUGGUUCCAAGUGUUACGGCUUGGUGACGAUGUCUUCCAGCACAGAGGUGACCCGCUGUAUCACUCACCUGGACUGCACAGAGCUCCAUGGACAGGAAAUAUACGUUAAAAGGGCCAAAAAUGAUCCGUUCAAAAAGGGACCCUCGAAGAACGAAGAAGAGGACAAAGCAAGUUCCAGCAAAUUAAGCGAUAAGCGCAUUUCUGCGGGGACAAAAAUGGUUAACAAAGCACAGUCAUCAAACAAAAAAGCUGAGAAAAAACCUGAGAAAUCAUUAGAGAAAGACAAGGAUUUAUCCAAGAAGCAGGAAGCCAGAAGUGGAAGAUCUGAGUCAGUUUCAUCGAACUCUGAUCAAGACUCUUUAAAGAAGGAUGACAGGAAGCAUGGACGCUCAAUAAGUCCAGGAAAGGUUAUGAUGGUAGAUCAUAACAGAGGUGACCCCAAUUUCAGACCAAGACCUUUUAGAAGGGGACGAUAUUUUGAUCAGCCCUUUCCAAAUCCAAAUUUUCAGAGGCAACCAAGAUGGUUGAUUCCUCCUGAAGAGUUGGAGAUAAUAAGGCAAAAACGGCGACAGUUUUCAAACAAAGAUGAGGUUGCAGAGAUAUUGCCAUUUGAAAAGAUCAAGGAGCAGAGAGAGCAGAGGAUCCGGGAACGCAUGGAGCGUGCCCGAAGAGCUGUAGAUCUGCGCAGACGCCGGGAAAUGGCAGAACAAGAACGGCGGGAACGUGAGCGUGUUCGUUUGUUGCGAGAGAGCGAAGAACAUGAGAACCUCCUUAGAGAACGGCAAAGAUUGGAGAUGGAGAGACAGAAACUGGAAAGAGAGCGCUUGGAGCGUGAGAGGCUCGAAAGGGAAAGAAUACGCAUAGAACAGGAAAGACGUAAAGAGGCAGAGCGGAUGGCGCGGGAGCGGGAGGAGCUCCGGCGGCAGCAGGAGCAACUGCGUUUUGAAGAAAAGAGAAACAACUUCAAAAGGGGCCGUGAACCAGAACAUGGGCGAAGGGAAGGUCCUUUUUGGAAUGGGAACAAGAAGAUCCAGCAGGAGUCAGAAGUUCGUUCCAACCAGGGCUCCAACUUCAACCGGCCGCAGAACCGCUUUCCAAACUUUAAUCCUCGCGAGAGGGGUCGGUUUCCAGAAGCUGCUGCUGCCCAGCAGCCAAACACAUUUGACAGGCGCAACAGGUUUGAUGGUGAACCAGAGAUGAAGAAGAGUCGCCCUGCUCCUCUGAGAGAGGGCGCAGCCUUUGACCGCUACCCAAAGAACUUUGACGCAAUCCGCAGGCCUGUGCCCCCCACACGCGGGGACGUUAGAGACACCGACCGCAGGGACAGAGAUGACAGACGCCCUGCACCCAUGCACGAUCGCCCCGUGGGACCAAGAGCUCCACUGCCCACCAUGUCUCACACACGCACAGCACGUGUUGGGGGGCACGGACCUUGGAAGAAUGAAGGACUAACCACGAAGGGAGAUAUGAGAGCACCCAUUCGCGUGCAUUCAGAAAGAGCGGGCCCUUCAGUCAACCGGGGAAGAAGCAACUUCAACGAUCGAGAGGAAGGCAGACCGGUCAUGAUCAGUAAUCAGACCUUCGGAUCUGGUCGCCAGGUUGUGGUGGAGCGUCACGGCAGGGAGCAAGGACUGAGAAAAGACUGGCACGGCAGCUCUAGCUCUCAAGCAGGAGGCUUCACUGACAAUCGCAGGAUAGUAGACAGUCGAGGAAGCGUCAUGACUUCCAGUCACUCAUCGGGAAUAGGCCGUAUUGUGCAGAUCACUAACUCCAAUCCCAGUGGUGGCGCUGUGGGUGGAUUCAAGCCCUUCAAAGGAGUUCCACGGCCGUUUUGAUUCCAACUUGUUUGGGUCCUUUCUAAGAACUUUACUGAACUCUUAAAAAUUGUUUCUAGCGUGGGUGUCAGUGGCUCAUUUGUGGCAACGGGGUUGUAACACUAGUUUGUUGUGUAGAUGGUGUUCAUGUCAUUGUAGUUUUCCUGACAGUUCCGUUGUUCUGUAAAACUACCCUGUGCACAAACUUCAGUAUCUAGCUCAAUAUUGUACAGCCCCAGACCUUUCUAACGAGUUUUAAAGUCACUUGAGUUCACUUUUUGAGUGGCAUCUGUGUAUUUUCAAUAGGUUAGAGCUGCAGUUUCUGUCUAAUGUUAUAUUUUAGUGUAUUACAGAAUUCCAAAUGAAGAAAAUGUAUUCAUUUGGUUAUUAUGGAGAGCGAUUAUUCAGUUUUUCCUUUUUUUUUUAUAAUUUGGUGCUGAUGUCUUAUUUGAAAAGCGUUGGAUAGCUUUGCUUUAAAAACAUUGAGCUGCAUAAAUUACCUGCUCUGUAGCACAAAACCUGUUAGUUUUUUUGUGGUUCAUUUUAUAUCUGUCCAGAGCUAUUAAAAAAAAAGAAACUUCUGAGCAUUCAUUGGACAGAGAGGACCAGUAAAAUCAUUAACUACUUCAUGGUUGAAUAAUAUUUUGUUCAUCUUAUUUUUUUAAACACUUUUUAAGUUGAAUGGCUCAACCCUCUAAACAAGUUUAUAAAUGUAUUCCAUAACACAGAAAGUUGAAUCUAAAGAUGGUAAACAAUCUCCAGUCUUGCUUCUAAAGACAUGGAUGACAUUUGAGUGUAGGGAGCAUUGUGUUAGGAUGUACUGUUUGACAUUUCAGCUAAUUUAUCUCUCCAAUUAUUUUGAAACCUGCCAAGCUUUUUUGAUGCUUUCAGUUGGACCAAUAAACAAUGCUGUUGUGCAUGUA